UUCACUUUUAUCGUUCCUGUGUUCAUCCGUAGGUUAGAGGUGUUUGUUGCAGAAUGCAGAGGUGGUUGUCGACCGUCGUUUUGGAGUGACAAAAUGUUGUUUGAGUAAUUAUCAUUAGUGUAAUCAAUCAAUUAAAGAAGUAGAAAUUGAAAAAGUAUUCAAGCCGUAUAAAUAAUGGCUGACGUCAGAUUGUCAAUGAUUGAGAAUUCCUUACAAGAAGACGAAGAAGAUUCAGAAAUAACUUUCAUUGAACAGUUUGUUCAAGAUGUAGUAGAUUUUAGCUCUCAGUAUGGAAGUGAUAUUAGUAUUUCAUAUACAGCGUAUAAUAUAGCUGGAAAACCAAGUAAAUUCCCUGAUUAUGGAGAUUUCCCACAAGCAUUUGUGAUGCGUACCUACGGGAACUGGUGGAAUGAAGCUCCCUCUAGAAGACAAGAUUUCAUGCUUCAGAACUAUGGGAAAAUAAUUAGCCAUGAUUUUAUUGAUGUGACGUUUGAUGAGCCAGUGUACCCAUUCCGCGUGAGCGUCUAUGAAACGUACAACCCUGGCUCUGUGGUGCGCAUAUGGGCCGCCACCACAUCAGCACCCAUACGGUGGCGGCUGCUGUGGGAGGGCGAAGCCAGGCUGGUUGGCCACAAGCCUCAUAUCUUCUCUCCACCUAUCAAUGCCAUUGACUUUCCCACAAGGAUGCUGAGGUUGGAAUUUGAUCAUUCUCGGCUAGACUAUUACACAGAGAUAGACGCGUUGCUGCUAGUGGGGACCCGCAGGCCAACCCCUAUCCCUUCCCCGGGCGGUGAACUUGACCCCAAGGAUAAGGAGGCAGGCGAUCUCACCCGCAAGAUUAUGGAUCUCAACAUACAUUCCGUGCCACCUCAUGUGGAUUUGGAGAACACACUAAAUCAGUUUUUGGCCGGUGAUUACAGACAGUUGCUACGAGAAUUAGAAGAUACAGCAGCAAUGUUGAUUGGUGCAGUGGAGACCAUUACCAAGGUUAACAGUGGAUCCUUCUCUUGCCUGCCGGAUGAGACGACAAACUAUGUGUUCUCAUUUCUGGAUCUACCCUCACUAUGUCAGUGUGCCAAGGUCAACCGUCACUUCCACCAGCUGGCCACCGACUCUCUACUAUACACCAAAGUGAACCUCAGGCCCUACUGGCAUUGUGUCAACGAUGGCACCUUGUCGUCACUUUCUGACCGCUGUCGACAUCUUGUCAAGCUGGACCUCUCUUGGUGUGGAAGCUACGAUCUCAUCACUACCACUAACAUGGCUCAAUUCAUCAAGACAACUUGUAAACAGCUGACCACUCUCAGGCUGGACUGCUGCAGAUUUGUCGAUGACACUAUUAUCAAGGCUGUGGCUUCCACUUGUAGGAAUAUAAAAGAGUUGACGCUGAGGAAUUGCUCCCGUAUCACCUCUGACGGAUUCAACAGCCUUGCAACUGUCUCUACAAUCGAGAAGCUAGACCUGUACUGC